CGUGAGGACCGAGGCCAGUGGUUGGUUUGAUCUGAGCCACGUGUGCGUCCAUCCUCUUCUCUUCGCCGCUUCAUGGAUGUGAUGAAACGUUGGCUUCCUCUGCCGCCCGGUCCCUUCUGUCUUGGCCCAGGUUUUUCUGACAUGAGAUGAUAUGCAAAUCCUUGAGGAAGGAAGCAGAAAGUCGUGCUACGAUCAGUCUCUGGUUGGUUUACAGCUCAAUAACUAGUGUCAAGGUACCUAUAAAGCAGGCAGUCAGCUGUGGUUGUUCUCCACGGUGUGAAUCCCUUUAGAAUGGCUAUGAAGCAGAACAGAAAAAACGUCCACUAAGUACAUUAAAGUGAAACAUAUGAUCUACUGGCUAUGUCAUGGCUCUGCUCUGAGAUGAGGUUAAACCGGGGGUUCAGGCUCAGAAACAUGCUCUACCUCCACAACACAGGGCAGCCUUGAACUCGGCAACGUCACCCUCUCUAUCCUCAGCCAUGACUGUCACUGUAAGCUGAUACUAUGUGAUAAACAGCACCGUGGUACCCAACAUCCUGCUGCUUCACCACCUCAAUAAAUCCUAGCCGCACUAUUCAGUCUGUGUUGUGAAAAUGGCAGAAGAGGGUUUCCAGCUCAGAACUCUAAACAGCGCAGAGGACACUGAGCUCCAGCCAGCUGACUUCACAACGUCAUCACUAGCAUCCCUCCAUCUCAGGGACGAGGCUGUGGUCAUCAACCACAUCGGGGAUAAUCCUGAGCCUCAUUCUGCUCUUUCUGUGAUGAUGUCAUCAACGCUUAACCAAUCACAACAGCAGACAGACACAUCCAUGGCUACAGGGCCUAAGCCUUCACCAGCAGUUCAAGAGUUCUUGGAGCCUGAGAUGGGCCAAAACGACAGUGAGCCUGAGUCUCGGACCCUGACAGCGUUCCUGCAGGACCUUUCCUCUCCUGAUCAGGAUGGUUUGUUGCCUGCACGGAGAACCAACGCACUAAAGCAAGGAGAACCUCAACCCAAGAACAACAUAUCAAAAGCGAUGGCCGUGUGUGACUCCUGCUCUGAUAACAGCCAUCUGUCCGAGGCAGAGUGGUACUGGGGAAAUACCUCCAGAGAGGAAGUAAAUGAGAUGAUGAGAAACACUCCUGAUGGCACGUUCCUGGUCCGCGACGCUUCUAGUAAGGUUAAGGGGGAAUACACUCUCACAUUAAGGAAAGGUGGCUCCAACAGACUGAUAAAGAUCUACCAUCAUGGGGGGAAGUACGGCUUUUCUGAGCCACUGGCCUUUCACUCGGUGGUGGACCUGAUCCAGUAUUACCAGAACAAGUCGCUGGCCCAGCACAACUCUAAACUAGACACACGGCUACUCUAUCCCAUAACAAGAUACCAGCAGCAGCAGGUUGUGAUGGAGGUGGACAUUGAUGCAGUUGGAGAACAGCUGAGGAUAUUUCAGGAUCAAUACAAAGAGAAGAGCAAAGAGUAUGACUGUCUGUUUGAGACGUUUAACCAAACCUCCCAGGAGCUGCAGAGCAAGCAGACAGCCAUAGAGGCUUUCAAUGAAAUUAUACGGAUCUUUGAAGAGGAGUGUGAAACUCAAGAACGCUACAGCAAAGAAUACAUAGACAUGUUCCUCUCAUUAGACAGCAGAACAGAGUCAGACAAAAUUCAAAGCAAUUCGGAUGAACUACAGACAAGGGUGGAGGAGAUCCACAACAGCAAGAAGAAGUUGGAGGAGGAACUUAGGAACAAAGCCCUUGCUCACAUGGAGGUGGACAAGAAAAUGAACUGUCUGAAGCCAGACCUCGUGCAGCUCAGGAAGAUCAGAGAUCAAUACCUGCUCUGGCUUACCCAACAAGGCACAAGACAAAGCCAAAUAGAUGAUUGGCUGGGUAUCAGGAAUGAAGAAGACCCAUACACUCUGGCAGAUGAUUGCGACCAGGAGGAGAGGAGCUGGUACGUUGGUGGUAUGAAACGUAAGGAGGCAGAGGAGCUGAUGAGGGGGAGGAGAGACGGGACCUUCCUCAUCAGAGACAGCCAGACUCAAAAAGGCUCCUUUGCCUGCUCUGUUGUUGUGGAUGGGGAUGUGAAGCACUGUGUAAUCUACAGGACAUCCACAGGGUAUGGCUUCGCUGAGCCCUACAACCUGUACCCAUCCCUGAGAGAGUUGGUCCUCCACUAUCGACACACAUCGCUGAUCCAACACAACCAGCAGCUGAAUGUAACCCUGGCCUGGCCCGCUCUCAGUCAGCAUCCCAGCUGAGACACACCAGCAUGCCACCCUGAUGGCGCUUUCCCAAAGCUUCAGUAUAUUUGCACCACGAACGCACCACCAUGGACAAUGUUACAAGGCUCUUACGGAGAACCGGUUAGUGGCGUCACCAUACAAGAAUUUCCAGAACUAUUACUCACAACUGAAAAUCCUACACUGUUAAGAUUUCACAGCAAAGAAAAAAAAGCAUUAGUAAACACCAGUCACUCAAAUGCUUUGCUCAUUUGGAACAGAUUUUGAACAUCUUUUCCGUUAUUUUAAUGUUAGUUGUUUAUUCAUUGUCAGGUUUGUUAAAUACAAUGGUUGCGUACUGACAGCAGCUCAGUGUAAUCCUAUUCAUUUUUUUAAACCUAUUUUUCCAAAUAUUAAAAAGUCCCGUUUAUUUGCAAUCUCCACUUACAGCUUGGAAAAAAGACACAAUUGGGAUUAAGUACUUAGCUGAAUUCAACUAUAAAUUCAAUCCUUUGGAGCAGUCAUGGAAUAUUGCAACAUCAUGACAACACUAAAAUGGAGGAGAGCGUGUUCCCAAACAGCUGAUUUGAAUCUUAACAGUGUAGAGGUUCAUAUAACAGGGUAACACAUCUAGCUUUCAGAAUACUGAACUCAACUGCUAUAAGUCACAAUGUGGCUUGUUGUGUUCAAGUAUAAAAUGCAUCCUAUACUUCCCCAGUGGAGAGAAAUGUAUUACGUUUUCUCUGAAAACCAAAUACAAGAAAUCAUAUAUAUUUGAAAGAAAAUAUUUAGUUUCUCUUCAAUGGACAUUCGUGUCUCAUAUUUCUACAGCAUCAGCCAUCAUCCCUACACAGUGCAUACCAUCAAUCCAUAUAAUCAGUGCAGUUGCAGUGUUAAGGUCCUUCUGGGAAACUGCACGUGAGCAUUAUGGGUAGUGUAGUUUAGAAACUGAGGAGACACACUCGCACUUUAUCCUCAAGAAGACAACCUGAUUAUACUGAAGCACUCAGAUGAGAGCUGUACAGUAGUGAGACACAGAGUUCACAUAAUUGAAGUUGCUGGUUGGGUUUGAAUAUACACUUUAUUUUCUUACUGUCAUCUUAAUCCUGCACAUUUCCACAACGUCUUCAUUACAAGGGAGACAAAAUAGGAAUUCAUAAAUUCUACCUCUGGGGUGUAUUUAUGGUUUAUGACCCUUAAGUGUGGAAUACUGUUGUCAUUAUAGCAAUCAAAUUAAUGGCAGAUUUCUUUUUGUAGGGAAAUGGGACAAUCACGCAACAUUUUUUGCAUAAUUUGUUUUGCUUAAGAUCUUUAUCACGUUAAAGUGUUAAUAAUAUACGAGCGGGUUAUAACUGUGAAGGAGCAGGCAUGAGGCACAGGCAAAUACUAAAAGCAUUUCUGUGUGGUGUGUACAUUUAUGAAAAUACUCCCAGAAUAACCAGAGGUACUUAGGUAUAUGGGAGAUAUGAGUCUUUAUUUUCCAGGAGCUUUAAUAAGUCUCUGAUGUUGAGUGAUUAUAUAUUUUAGACUUGGGUUCUGGUUAAAAAGUGCCCUUAAGUGUUCCUGUUCCAGCCAUCAUCAUUUCCUUUGUGUUAGUCUCAGGAGAGAUGUCUUGUAAACAACAUUGUUCUGAUUCACUCAACAAUGAGGUAGAUAAAAGGCUACAAUAGCACAAAUACCCUAAAGUAUCCUAAAGGAGUUUAUUAUUAUAACUCUUGCAGAUUUUAUUUCUUUAACAGCAUCAUUAUUGAAUCAUUAUAUUUAACUACAUGUCAGACUAGAGUAAAAUGGACCCCCACCCCACUCACCUUUUGAAAUGAAGGUUGUUUUUACAUUUUAAGUAAAAAGGGACUCCUUUGAUAGUGCACUUUCUGUUGUGCUAACAGUGAAGCACUCAAACAUUUUUUUAAAGGCAAAAAGUAGUCAUUACAUUUUGCAUUGCUAGUUGCUCAUUCAUGUAAUUUUCCUGUUUGAAGGGUCCUUUUGCAAUUUUCUCUGAGCAGUCAGACAUGUGCUCAUUGCACCUUUGAGGGUUAGUUUUGCGAGAGAAUUUAAUUUUCCAUGAAGAAAGUUGUACAACAAUGCAUCUUAUUGCUUUAAAUGUUAAACUUUGCAUGUCGUCGUUGUUUUACCUAGGUAUUAUACAGUAUGCAUUACUCAUUUUAUUAUGGACAUUACGGCUGGGUACUGUUUUGAUACUCAUUGUGGUACUAUAGGUUCACCACCAGCUAUAAAACAUGUUUUGUUUGUUACCUUUAUUUCAUUGGAUAGCCACAUUCUUUGUUAUUUCUGCUUUGUCUCCAUUUUUGGUGCUAGGCAAUCCUUUCUCUAGUUUUCUUUAAAAAGCACCUCCACGAUGUCACCUGUCAGUCAUACAGUAUUGGUAAAACUGUGAGGUUUAGGAAUGAAAAAACUCUUUAUGCUGGUCGUGGUGGUCAGUGUAAGUGACCUAAUGAAUCUGCGUUAUAUUGUUGCACAUAGGUGAAAAGUCAUUGCACAGGUUGUGGACAGCGGGCCACAACAACUAGGUGGUGGUAUAGGUAGGACUUUAAACCUGUGUGUAGUUACUUUAAAACAAAGAAGCACAAUUUAAAAUGUGGUCUGCUGUUUAUGAUGUUUUGUAAUACUUAGUGCUUAUGAACAAAAGUACUACAUUCUUGUGUAGAAAUUAAGACUAUGUAACAGUGGUGUAGUCUGAAAGAAAAUACUGUGACGUUAACAGGUAUAUGACUUGUUUCACAGUAAACAUGGAGAAAGCAUCUAGAUGACUAUUAUUAGGAAAGGCAUGUAGGUUGCACGUCUGGCAUGUGAAACCUAAAUGUAACGAUCUGUCACUUUUCAUUUGUGAUAUCUGUCUUUUAUUUGCUCUCUGUUUGAUUUUUGUGCACACAGAAUAGAUCGAGUGUCCAUUUAAGUCCAUACCUUGAAACAUGUACUUGUUUUAUUACUGUGAAUUCUAAGAUAAGAAACUAUACAUAUCCCGGAAAAUGUUGUAGCCGGAUUACAGACAAAAGGUGCACAGGUUGUAUGUGCACAAAACACAACAUAGACUACACCACUGCUCUGCGUGGUUUAUUUUUUAAAGCAUAGUAUUUGCACAGAAGUAUCUCAUGUGAGGUAGAGAUACUAUGACUGUCUUUAUGUACACCCGCCCUGUUACAGAAGCAGGUGGUGGUGCUAAAUAUGGACAUGUUGCUGUUGAGAUUGAUAUGUCGUAGCACUGAUAAAAGCACUAAUAUGAGUUAUCGAAAGAGGUUAUUUUUAAUGAGUUGAUCAAAUACUAAAGCAGUAUUUAGUUCUGUAAAGUCCUAAUUGUAUGUGCACAAUAUGGACUUUUUCUGUUGUCACUCUCUGUUUCUUUUUGUGACUUAACUGUUUUAUCAUUGUGCAAACAAAAAAACGAAAUAGAGAGAUAACUAAAACACAUUUCAAAAUGGUUAAUGUUUCGUAGGAGAAUUUGUCUCGUAGCAUAAAGUGUAAUUAUGUACAUUCAGCUGCAAUCAUGUUAGGUAGUUCUGUUCAACAAAUGUUCCUAACUUACAAUUACCUAAUGCUUUAACAACCAUUUCCAUGAUACAGUUGCAUUUGUACAUUGAUAGAAUGAAAUGCAGCUAUGAAAACGUUUAUGUUAUGCUGAAAGAAAAAAAAACGUACAAUCGGAUUCAUGAAUAAAUGAAAAGAAAGAAAAAAGUGAUCGCCAUUUAGAUUUUUGGAUUUAGACUUCUAUCUGCUUUGUUUGACCGUUAACUGGCACAUGCUGCAUAAACAACCACUCAGUAGGGGGGUUCAAAAUCAAUUUGAUAUAUUUUUCCUUAGCAAAUGUAGCGCUAGUUACAACAGAUUUGUGGCAUGGAAGACUAAAAGAGCCUUACUGAUAUAUUGUAAAAUAAGACAGACUUGUAAGUAAAGUGCUGUGGUGUAAUGAAAUGGUGAUUGUUCUAGUGGUGAUAAUGCAAAGUGGACUUCAUUCCUAGAAAAGGAAUGUAUUUAGCAAACAGUUCCUCUUCCCAAGGAAUAGACUUUACAUAGGUCACGUUCCACAGAAUGCCCACAUCAGUUAUCAGCCACAAAGCAGGAAGCAGUUACCACUUAGGUAGGGAAGCAAAGGUUGUAGGUACAGAAGGAGAAACAUUGUGGAUUUGGUAAGUGUUUUAGUAUUACAUUGGUGACCGAUGAGUUUAGUAAGAAUAUAAAUGGUUAAUUUAGGGUUUGGUGUGGUUAAGGGUUUGGUAAAGAGGAGGGAUGUUGUUAUUGGUAUUUGCAUACAAACUGCUCAGUUUUAUCAACUGUCUUCCAUGCCACAAAGAUGACGGGAUCUAGCUGUAACAUUUUUUCAAAGAUAAACCCUGUUAUUGUCGGAGAUAGGUUUGUUUUCCAUCUCCCCCUGAGUUACAGUUUUUUGUUAAAUGUUUAAGAUUCAGGGGACUUGAUGUAUUUAAACAGGUGUGUGAUUAUGUUAUUACUAUGAUCAUAUACCUCUACUUGUCUCUGCAUCACAUUCAACAUAGUACUUGAUGUUUCUGUAAUGCAGAAUUUUAUUUUUCCAUUGUGGCCGUAUGGACUUGUCUUUGUGCUUUAAUCUUAAGCACUUAGUUGCCCUCUGUUAAUAUUGAUAUGUGAAAAUACUGCUAUUGUAAAUGUGUAUUUACUGUACUGAAUAUGCAAUAACAUUCAGCUUUUUUGAAAUAGCUUGUGUUUAAUUUAGAGUCAUAUCUGAGGAAAAUUGAUGGCUUCAAUUCAAACAUUUUUUGUUCAUUUAAAUCCGUAACUUUACCCACUUCAGAACAUCAUGUUAAUGUAUGCACCUUCAGAUUCCCAAAUAAAUAUGAGAUGAUGAUUUAAUUAAUUGGUGUGAGUAUUAUUUUAAAU